UGCAUACUCCCAAAGAUAUACCAGUUGCACAACCACAGGUCGAAUGUGAAAGAAAGUCAAUAGCGUGGGAAGUUGCGACGAUCGUGCUUUUAAUGGCUUUUUAUUUGUGGGAUAUUUUGAACGACGCGUGUUUGGUGUUUCGCUAUCACUAUGCAGGUUACAAAUACUACUGUUGCAUCACACUAAUCUUUUUAGUAGUGCCUGGCAUGUUCAUGUCUUUCUUGAGUAACGAUUGGUACGCCAAAGACGAAGAAGAAUUUGCGCCCGUGUCAAAGUCCAAAUGGAAAUCUGUUUUUAGAGUUGUCUGUCGAAUCAUCUUAAUAUGGCCUCUAGCCAGGUACGUUGACAGCCUUUGUUAUGGAAUUGAAAGUAUAAAAGCCCAAAAGAUGAAAGACUUUCCGAAAAUGGAUCAAUGCCUUCAACAGAUGACUUAUCUACGUCUCGUAGAAUGUUUCUUCGAAUCUGCUCCUCAAUUGGUGUUGAAAUUUUACAUUAUAGCAAUUCAUGAAUGUGAUCUAUUUAACACACACGUUGUUCUAGUCGUUUGCUCUUUUUUUAUAUCUCUUGUCAGUCUGGCAUUGACAUUGACAUUAUACGAGAAAUCAAAAACAGAAGAAAACGACCAAUGGCGUAACACUUUUUAUGAUACUUUCUUGUUGGGGUUAGCUUGUUUUUGUUGGAUAAGUAAGUUUUCAAUAAUUACGUUUAUUUUUCCUGUUGAAUUUUUUAAUAUUUUUGUCUUUACACAAGGCAGUCGUGUCAUCGUGCUGGGUUUCUUUGCCGCUUAUUGUUUCCCUGUUUUACGAUUCACAAUAAUCAUUGUGCCAUUGCCCAUCUUUAUUCAUUUGUGCUGCAAAUUCAAGGCAAAAAGAAAAGAAGAAUUAACUUUUGGAAAAGUCGUCUUUUACGCAAUCACAGCCUUAAUCCACGUUUUCGCGUUCGUCAAUGAGCGGAAAAAAGUGCCAGGCCCUCCCCGCCCUCCGCAAAUUCCGUAUUUACUUGUUAUAUCUUUCGAAACCCUUUUUUACGUGAUUAUCGUACUGAUGCAUGGCAAAUUUGAUCAAGAACCUUCCGACCCACUACCCUGGUUUUAUAGUGUGGCUAUUGCCAGUGGGUUAGGUUUGCAUGGUUUUAGUUGGCUUUUGCUGGCAAUCUAUUACCGACAUAGUCUUUGCAAGAAAUCAACUGAUGAAAAAUCAACUGAUGAACGCCCUCAGUCCACUAUUUUUACUGACGAAGAUGGCGAAAUUUUUCAAUAUCUUUCGGUCAAUGGGGUCGACUCUUCCCCUAUGAGUAGGCCUACCCCUACUCAAUCUUUGGCAAUAAUCGCCGCCAAAAAAAUUGUUUGAAUUAGAAAUUGCAAGGAUUCGCAUUUAUAGUAAAAUAACCCCAAUGAAUUUUCGCGGUUUUUUUUAAAUUUUAUUGGGAAAUUAUUGAACUAUUUCCAAAUUCUUUUAUAUCUCUUAAAUAAAACGCGUCCUGCUGAAACUGAAUAACAUUGAAAAUAAUUUUUUCACGCGAACAUUUUGAGCGCCGUCCAUGCAACCCCAUUAAGGUAUAGCGUCGGCCAUUUUUGCGGCAAGCGGAACUAUGUUCCUCUCCGGCAAAUCAUGUCCAAUCUUGUUCCGCUGUUUCUUCACAAUGAUGCAAACUAGUUAGGUUUAGCUAAGCAGUCAUCCACAGCAUCUGACAGUUGACAGUUGUGCUCGGAAAUCUUUUGUCUUUGUGUAUAAGAUUUCCCUGCGUUAUUGUUUCACGAAAAAAUAUCUGAAUCAUGGGUGAGAACGUGAAUAAUAACAACACGGUUUCGCCGCCGUUUAUUUCGUUCCCAAUUCACGAGAAAGAGAAAAUUUUAAAGGAAACUAAAUUUAUUUGGUUUCACUUUCUUCGUGUCCUGUGGUCCAUGCUCAUUUUCGUCGUUAGCUACCUGUGCAAUAUUUUUUCGACAGUCAACUAUUACCAAAAUGGAAAUUAUUGGUUUCUUGGAUUUCAUUUAUUUCUUGUGCUCUUCGCUGCUUUUUACACGACUGUCUUCGGUGACAGUCUGUACUACACCGAGGAAACAACAAAUAACGAAGUAUCACAGAGUAAUUUAAUAUUCAAAUUUAUCUGCCGAAUGGCUGGUGGACUUUUUCCUAGGUAUGUUGACAUUUUUUGUUUUGGAUGGAAAGUCAUCCAAGCAAAAAGAAGAAACGACUAUGUUGAAAUGGCUGAGAACUAUUCUCGGAUGACUGAAGAAAAUCACCGAGCACAGUUUAUACUAUUAUUUGAACGCUUCUUGAAAUCCGCUCCUCAGUUGGUGCUACUGUUGUACAUCAUAAUAACCAAUGACUUUGUUAUUGGAAGCGGUAUUUAUUAUUUUCUUUAAGAACAUUUGACAAAUGGCAUGCUCCAUAAUUUUGAGUUUUAUCAAGUGACCACUUAUUUUCAAAUUGCUUCGGUUGCCACUUCCGUCAUCGGCCUGGCGUUUACCCUAACGUUAAACAUUCGAAUCGAUGGCAACAUGCAAAGAAAACACUGUGUCAGUUCAGGUGUUCUAUUUCCAGCGCAUCUAUUUGGAAUAAUUACUCGAACCCUUUCUCUGGGCGUUUUUUCCGUCGUCUGCGGGAGUUACUUUUUGACUGGCUGCCUUAUUCACUGGAUAGUUAUGAUUAUUUGGAUAUGGAUGAAAACAGAAUCAGCCGACGGGAUGACUUGUAUGCAAAGAAUCUAUUUUUGCGUCAUCUCUGGUUUCAUCCAUAUUUUCGCGUUCUUUAACUUCGAAUUCUGCAAACAUUUGGACCGUUUCCACUACAUAUUUUAUUAUGGGAUUUGUUUAAUCGAGAACUUGAUUGCUUUGGUACUUUGGUGGCAAAUCGAACUGGACAGCCCUUGGUUUCUAGAUUUUGUCCUUAUCGGGCAGAUAGGAUCGCUUAUUCUAAAUAUCAUUUUUCUUGGAAUUUAUUACAGUAUUAGUGCUCGCUCAAAUUCAUCAGUGCUUACCGAAAUUUGUAUCGAAGAAAUUGGCUUAAAUCUGAAAAAUCAAAAAUCUCAAUCGCCA